AAGACAGAAAGUUAUUGGUUAACGCUAAACCAAACACUCUCGAACCGGGUUUGAAAAUCGGAGUGCCAUUUUCUUCGAAACGGCGUUUUCUAUUACGCUCGCAUCCAAACGCUCCGAUUAGGUUUCCCAACGAUCUCAGUUCCGCCACUUGGACUCGCACGCAGAUAGAUGACUUAAACCGUUACUUGCCUUGCUCCUUUCCCCAACUUCGCCACUUCAAACUACCCAAAAAAAAAACCCAGAGAGAGAGAUCGAACCCUAAUGGCGUCCAAGUUCGGCUUAGCUGGUGGUAUACCGGAGCGGCGGGUCCGACAGAUAUGGGACGCCGUAGAUUCUCGGCAGUUCAAGAACGCUCUGAAACUGUCCGCUGCUUUGCUUUCUAAAUACCCUAAUUCACCUUACGCUCUUGCAUUGAAAGCUUUAAUCUUGGAAAGGAUGGGUAAAUCUGAUGAAGCAUUAGCCAUUUGCUUAAAUGCCAAGGAACUUUUAUAUAAGAAUGAGUCUAUGUUAAUGGAUGAUCUCACUCUCAGUACUUUGCAGAUUGUUUUCCAACGGCUUGAUCACUUGGAAUUGGGUACUAGCUGUUAUGAGUAUGCUUGUAGUAAAUUUCCAAAUAAUUUGGAAUUAAUGAUGGGGCUUUUCAACUGUUAUGUUCGAGAAUAUUCAUUCGUCAAGCAGCAACAGACAGCCAUCAAAAUGUACAAGCUUGUUGGUGAAGAAAGGUUUUUGCUCUGGGCUGUUUGUAGUAUCCAGCUACAGGUGUUUUGUGGCAAUGGAGGAGAGAAACUUUUACUCUUAGCCGAAGGCUUACUUAAGAAGCAUGUUGCUUCCCAUAGUUUGCAUGAACCUGAAGCUCUUAUUGUAUAUAUAUCCAUACUGGAACAGCAAGCAAAGUAUGGUGAUGCAUUGGAAAUUCUAUCUGGGAAAUUAGGAUCACUUCUAAUGAUUGAAGUUGAUAAGUUACGCAUACAGGGGAGGCUGCUUGCUCAGUCAGGUGACUUUGCUGCAGGAGCCAACACAUAUCAGAAGAUUUUAGAAUUAUGCCCUGAUGAUUGGGAGUGUUUCCUACAUUAUCUAGGCUGCUUGCUGGAGGAUGACAGCAGCUGGAGUAAUGGAGUGAAUGGUGAUCCAGUUCACCCCCCUAAAUUUGUGGAAUGCACAGUCUCUCACUUGACAGAUGAAGUGUUGAAUUCUCGUUUAUCAAAUGCAUCAGCGUUUUUGCUAAAGUUCCAGGUGGAUGCCAAUAAUUGUUUUCUAAGAGGUCCAUAUUUGGCAAUUCUUGAAAUUGAAAGGCGGCGACACUUAUAUGGAAAGAGCAACUAUGAUGAUAUAAUGAAAGCUCUAAUACAAUAUUUUUUCAAGUUUGGUCACUUGGCCUGCUUCACUUCUGAUGUUGAAAUGUUUCUUCAAGUCCUAACUCCUGAUAACAAGAUGGAGUUUCUAGAGAAAGUAAUGAAAGGCACCAACUCCCUUCCAACAAUUCCAACUAAAGUUCUUGGGCUGUCAAUAACUGCAUUCAAAAUUCAGCAGUUGAUUGGAAACAUAGACAAGGUCCCUGUUGUUGAACACGAGGCCUUAGCUGGACAAAUGGUGGAGAUGUAUUGGAAAAGUCUUCCACUAUCAAAGGGACUGGAUCCACAAGAAAGUAUGCAUGGAGAAGAGCUGCUAUCUAUGACGUGCAGUGUGCUGGUUCAGUUGUACUGGAGGACAAGACAUCUGGGCUACUUCCUGGAGGCGAUUAUGGUUUUGGAGUUUGGGUUGACUAUCCGACGAUAUGUAUGGCAGUACAAGAUCUUAUUGCUGCACUUGUAUUCACACUUGGGUGCCCUUUCAUUAGCUUAUGAAUGGUAUAAAUCUCUAGACGUGAAGAAUAUAUUGAUGGAAACCGUUUCACACCAUAUUUUGCCCCAUAUGUUGCUAUCACCUCUUUGGGUUGAUUUGAGCAAUCUACUGAAAGAUUAUCUCAGAUUUAUGGAUGACCACUUCAGGGAAUCUGCAGACCUUACAUUUCUUGCCUAUCGCCAUAGAAAUUACUCAAAGGUAAUUGAGUUUGUUCAGUUUAAAGAACAAUUGCAACGGUCUAAUCAGUAUUUAGUCGCGAGGGUUGAAUCACCAAUUCUACAGCUAAAGCAGAGAGCUGAUAGCAUUGAAGAAGAAGAGGGUGUUCUUGAAAGCUUGAAUUGUGGAAUUCAUUUUGUUGAGCUUUCUAAUGAGAUCACAUCCAAAACUUUGACCUUCAAUGAAGAUUUUCAGUCACGGCCUUGGUGGACACCAGUUCCAGGGAAAAAUUAUCUUUUAGGUCCAUUUGAAGGAAUCUCAUAUUGUCCUAAAGAAAACUUGACAAAAGAAAGGGAAGAAAAUGUACGGAGGGUUAUUGAAAGGAAAUCUCUUCUCCCUCGGAUGAUCUAUUUGUCUAUUCAAAGUGCUUCAGUAUCACUUAAGGAGAAUGCUGAAGUCAAUGGCUCUAUGUCUGAGCCCAAAAUCUCAUCAGAGUUGAAGUUUUUGCUUGAGCGUUAUGCAAAGAUGUUGGGAUCGUCUUUAACUGAUGCAAUAGAAGUGGUUAUGGGAGUUUCUACUGGCCUUAAGUCAUCUGAGGCUUUUGGAUCAGACACAGUUGACUGGCUUAACUUUGCUGUUUUUUUGAAUGCGUGGAACUUGAAUUCCCAUGAGCUCUCACAGCCGGGUGGAGAUCAGUGUGGGCAUACAUGGCACAAUGUGGAUACUUUGUUGGAUAAGCAUAUUUCAGAGAAAGCCAGAUCCAUGGAGUCUCUUAUUUGCUUCCCAGGGGGUGAUCUUCCGACUUUAGUGCAAUUGGUUACGGAGCCAUUAGCUUGGCAUGGUCUUGUACUCCAAUCCUGUGUACGAUCAUCUCUUCCAUCCGGAAAGAAGAAGAAGAAAGGUGGACCUGCAGAGCACUCCACCUCUCAACUAUCUAGUACAAUCCGAGAUUCAAUCGAUUCUUCUUGUUCUAUAGUUGAAGAAGUUGCAAAGUGGAUAAGAGACCAGAUUAAAAGACCAGAGGAUGAGGUUGUGGAAAUUAUACUGUCCUCUCUUAGGAAAAAGGGACAGGGUGAAGGGCCUGGGCUGGUUUUCCGAAUUCUGGAAAGCUUUAUGUCAUCCAUAGAUGAGGUUGAACUUGGUAGCCGGAUCUCCCAAGCAGUAAAGUCGUGGAGCCAUGUGGAUGUUGCAAGGAAGAUAGUGACUGGUAGUUCUACAGUAUUGUCUGAAUUUCUUCGUAUUUGCGAGUCAAAAAUCAAGUCAUUGCAGGCAUUGAAACGCCAGAUGGCUCAAGUCUGAUUAGUAUAUUGGUGGUGAAUCAGAUUUUCGUGUAUUUGGCCUAAUUAUUCGGGCACUUCACUUCAACUUUGUUGCUGGUGCGUUUCUGUUGUCAUAUUUGAACUCGAGAUCUCCUGGUGCUCCUUUAGGGAAAAUUUUUGUGCUAGGUUUUCUGAUUGUAAUAGUGUAAACAGAAAAAUUUUCCUUUUGAUAUUAUUUUGAAUACUCUUUUAAAUGCACAUAUUUGUAACACUAUUCUUCGAGUGAUUUUGUGGCAAUGCAUUAUUUGUUUCCUUGGAGGAACCAUAUAGGGUUCAUCAA